AGCCAAAAACACCAUAAACUCACUCCCCGUUUCUUAUCUCUCUCUCUCUCUCUCUGUUCUCUCUCUUGCUAGAAAAUGGCUGUGAAUGUUUUGAUCAAAACCUAUGCCAUGUUCGUAUUUCUUAUCAGCCGUCUGAUCUUCAGCUUAGGAAAAUCCAAGCCGUGGAUUACUACUAAUAUAGUCCCACCUACGAUCUCUCCCGAUAAGUAUAAUGAAAAUGGGUAUAACCUUCGUACUGACCUCGAGGCCUUAAAAAUGGCUUCGAGCGACUACGGUAACAUGGUUACAGAAAUCCCAACUGCCGUUUUGGACCCAUCUUCCAUAAACGACAUUGCCAGCUUGAUCAAGUCCUCCAAUAAUCACUCUGUUCCCUUCCACAUAGCCGCCAGAGGACAGGGUCACUCGAUCCGUGGACAAGCCAUGGCCCGAAACGGCGUCGUGGUCAACAUGACGGCUAUGAAAAGUCAACGCAACGGGACUGGUAUCGUCGUCGCCGGCAACCGUGCUUCGGGGUACAACUACGCCGAUGUCGGUGGUGAACAGCUCUGGAUCGAUGUCUUGCACGCCACGCUUGAGCAUGGACUGUCGCCGGUGUCGUGGACUGACUAUUUGUACCUUACCGUCGGCGGUACUCUGUCCAACGCAGGCAUUAGUGGUACCACUUUCCGGUACGGUCCCCAGAUCAGCAAUGUGUACGAACUUGAUGUUAUCACUGGGAAAGGUGAUUUUGUGACUUGCUCCGCACACAAAAACUCUGAGCUCUUCCACGCAGUUCUUGGGGGUUUGGGUCAGUUUGGAAUAAUUGUCAGAGCGAGAAUCGCCCUUGAGCCAGCUCCUAAGAGGGUGAAAUGGGUACGAAUGCUAUACACGGACUUCUCAGAAUUUGCCCGAGACCAAGAACGAUUAAUCAAAAUCAACGACAGGAAAGACAAGAACGCACUUGAUUAUUUGGAAGGUUCACUACUCAUGAAUCAGGGCCCUCCGGAUAAUUGGAGAUCCUCCUUUUUCCCACCCUCUGAUCAUCCAAGAAUAAUUUCUAAAGUCACUCAAAACAAAAUCGUUUACUGUCUCGAAAUAGCUAAAUUUUACGACGAUGGUUCUAUUCAUACCGUAGACGAGGUGCUUAAGGUAUUGACUAAAGGGUUGAGGUAUGAGCCUGGAUUUAUGUUCGAGAAAGAUGUGUCAUAUGUGGAUUUUCUAGAUAGAGUGCGCGGUGGAGAACUCAAGCUUCAAUCACAAGGACUUUGGGAGGUUCCACAUCCAUGGCUGAACCUUUUCAUCCCAAAAACAAGGGUUGAGGAAUUUAACAAUGGCGUCCUUAGGGAUAUUGUUCUAAAACGUAACAUUACAACCGGACCUGUCCUCCUUUACCCCAUGAACCGGAACAAAUGGGAUGACAAAAUGUCCGCCGUUAUACCAGAUGAAGAUGUGUUCUACACCGUUGGAUUUUUACAUUCGGGUGGAUUUGAUGAUUGGGAGUCGUUUGAUGAGCAGAACAAAGAGAUUUUGCAGUUUUGUGAAGAUGCUGGUAUUGAGGUCAAGCAGUAUCUUGCUUACCAUAAAACGCAGGAAGAAUGGACGAAGCAUUUUGGGCCAAAGUGGACAACUUUCAAUCAAAGGAAACUUAUGUUUGAUCCCAAGAAAAUACUAUCACCGGGACAGAAAAUUUUCACUCGUCAGUAAAUUGAAUUAGCUGAUGAAUACUUUAUUAAUUAUAUUUUCACUAGGGAUUAGCUAGAAGUAGUGUUCGAGUUUUCUUCUUAUUUGUUAUUUUGCUCAUUCUCCUUUUUCUUUUGGGGAGUCAAAAUGUUGUAGCAAUAUAUUAGCUAGUAGUAUCUCUCAAUGUUGAGUUUUACGUAUAUUUUUAUAACAAUUUUGUACAGAUGGGAAUUUGGUUAAAAUGGAAUAUUAUAUAUAUAAUUAUCGUUUAUUCUUA